AUGUCUAUAUUCUCAGCUCUCGGGCUGCUCUUGCUGUGCCAGCUUUUGGCAUCAUCUACAGCCCAGAGACCCGGCCCACGAGGAGCAGUCGGGCCGCCAGGACCCCUGGGACCCGCAGGGAAGGAUGGUACUGACGGACCCAAGGGGAAAGCAGGGGGAGCAGGAGGACCAGGGAACCCAGGCCUGCCCGGCCUCCCAGGGGUGGACGGAUUGACAGGUGCUGAUGGGCCUGCAGGGAAGGACGGUCCUCCAGGGGAGUUUGUGCAUGCGGGCGGGCCACCAGGAGCAAAUGGGCUUGCGGGCGGAAGCGGGCCACAGGGACCAGCAGGCCCUGAGGGUCUUGCAGGAUUGGCUGGGCUUCCCGGCCCUGACGGACCCCCAGGUCUUCCUGGGGCUCUCCCUGAUGGCAGUGGAGAUCUGUUGUGUCCUGCCAUCUGUCCUCCUGGCCCCUCCGGCCCUCCAGGAAUGCCUGGAUUCAAGGGUCACACAGGACACAAAGGAGAUAAGGGAGAGCUCGGGAAAGACGGCGAGAAGGGUUAUGCUGGCCCAUCUGGUCCUCCAGGUAUUCCCGGCACUGUGGGCCUGCAGGGUCCUCGUGGUUUGAGGGGACUUCAGGGCCCGAUGGGGGCAGUAGGAGACAGGGGUUUACCUGGUUUCCGAGGCAAACCUGGUAUUGCUGGCGUCAUCGGCAAGACAGGUGAUGUUGGAGAGAAAGGACCAGAGGGAUUUAGAGGGCCAAAGGGCGAGAUUGGCAAAAUUGGUCCAAAGGGAGUUCCCGGGGGAUCAGGACCCAAAGGGGACCCUGGCAUCCCUGGCAGAGACGGGAAAGAUGGCACCCAGGGACUGGAUGGCGAGAAGGGCGACGCCGGGCGGAAUGGGGUAGCCGGUGAGAAAGGACCCAACGGCCUUCCUGGUUUACAAGGAAAGGCUGGCGCAAAGGGAGCCACAGGAGGAGUUGGCGACCCAGGAGAGAUGGGAGAGGCAGGGCCGUCUGGAGAGCCAGGUAUUCCUGGCGACAUCGGUAUCCCAGGAGAGAGGGGCGAGGCGGGACCCAGAGGAGUGGCUGGGGGCAUCGGACCAGCGGGCAACAUCGGGGUUCGGGGCAGCAAAGGCUUCCAGGGAAUAAAGGGGGCUCUGGGGGACCCUGGCCUUCCUGGACCAACCGGAAUCCGCGGCGGAUUUGGUGAGAGGGGUCCAGUCGGAGCAUCAGGCCCUAAAGGAGACGUGGGUGUGGCAGGAGCUGAUGGUUUGCCCGGGGAGAAUGGAGAACCUGGUCCAUUUGGUCCAGUUGGCCAAAAAGGAGAGUCUGGGAAGCGUGGAGAGCUGGGACCCAAGGGCGUGGUGGGACCACAGGGAGAGCUCGGAGCCAGAGGGGUUCCUGGGAAACCAGGCCUCAUGGGCUUUCAGGGUGAACAGGGUCUGUCCGGAAUCGCUGGCAAGAUUGGUGUUCCCGGUAAACUGGCAAGCGAACAGCACAUCAGAGAAUUGUGUGGAUCUAUGAUUGAUGAUCAGAUUGCAAAGCUGGCUUCCAACCUCAGAAGACCCCUGUCCCCUGGCCAAGUGGGUCGCCCCGGCGCUGCCGGAUCUCCAGGGAAGCCAGGCGAGACCGGGUCUAUCGGUCACCCCGGCUCCCGUGGAUCUCCUGGCUACAGAGGACUGCCUGGAGACCUCGGAGACCCCGGUCCCAGAGGUGAUCUUGGUGAACAGGGUGACAAGGGACCCAUUGGAAAAGCCAUCGAAGGGCCCAUUGGAGACCAGGGAUACCAAGGUAUCCCAGGAGUAUUUGGAAUCGUCAAAGACGGGCGUGACGGAUCCCCAGGAGAUCCAGGAGAACCCGGAGAGGCAGGUAGGACAGGAAGGACCGGGCAUUCGGGCUCCCCAGGAAUCUGCGACACUACCGCCUGCCAGGGGGCAAAUGUCCAUGGGAAAACCUCCAAUCCCAAGAACCAUUAA